AUGGCAUCUUCAAUUGAAAAUAUCGAUAACAAUGAAUCCUUAUUGUUUAUAAACGAUGUAUCAGAUAAUCAAUCUUCCAAUUCUGGCAAAAGCUUGUUAGAGGAAUCCGUAAGAGAGAAACUAAUAAAAGCACAAGAUAUUUUAGGCGAGACGGUUAUUGAGCCUAUUAGAAAAGAGUUUGAAAAUUUACACGAGUCACCAAAAACCUUUGAAGAUUACCAGAAGCUUAUUAAUUGUGAGAAUUCUUUGCUCAAGUUAUUAAAGGUUCCAAUUGAUGAAGAACUGGUUGUUUUGGAUCAACUUAAUAAUGAAGACAAUGGUGAAUCGAAUCAAUUAGAGAUUAAGCAAAAAAUGGAGAAAGUGCGUGAUCGUUUAACAGUUUUAAAAGAUUUAAAAGAAUUUGCAAAUCAUCUCACUAGCCAAAUGGUUUAUUCAAAAAGAUUAAAUUUCAUACACAAUAUUUUAAAUUCACCUGAUCCUGAUAAGAAAGCCAUUUUAUUCCGCAAUAUUUUGUUUACAGAAGGGGCAAUCAAUAAACGUUAUAGAGAACUUUCUUCUUGUUUCCAUCCAGAUAGAACGAAAUAUUUCAAUGCUCCAAAUGGACUUCAUGGUAACGAUCAAUAUCUCGGUGCAGAGCUCUUUAGAAUUAUUCUAGAAAUUAAAGAAGGUUUAUUGAAGGAUUUGGAAAAAGCUUCAGAAAGCAAAGGCAGACUUAAUUUUCAUGAAGAGAAAGCAAAUGCGAAUUUUAAUAUUGCGAAUGAUUUUCGUAACGCCUAUAAAAAUAAUGGAAAAAAACUAAAGAUUUUAAAUAAAGAUGACAUUAAUGGAAUCCCUAAUAAACAACUAAGAGAUUUAAGCGUAUCGUAUGGAUUAUUGGCUCAUGGGGAAUAUCAAGCCGCUUGUAAAGUUGCAGAUAUAGCCAAAGAGUUAAAACAGCAAAUAAAACUACGAAAAAAUAUGGCAUUAUGUUUAUAUAUUUCCGACCACUCAUUAGAAUCUCAACUAUACGCUUUAUCAGCAAUUAGAUUAAUUUUUCAGAAUUCACAGCAUGUCUCUCAAAAGGAACUGGUCGAUGCCAAAAAAGUAUUUGAUAAAGUUAGAGGUGAAACAUCUCAAUUAAAUACGGAUAUUAAAUUGAAUGACGAUUUAAGUAAUUCACAGGCUUUGGUUAAAGUGGUGAACGAAGGUAUGUCCUUUUUGGAGAAGUGCGAUAUUCAAAAUUCGGUUAACGACGAUUUAAGAAAGAUAUCAGCCGAAUUAAUGUUCAAACCAGAUCGCCGAGUUGUUAGUUGUCAAGUCUCUCAAGAAGAUAUUUUGCAUUCCAAUAAGCAAACUGUUAAGUAUAAAAUAGCUGGUGUUGUGUCAUUAAUGGGGGAAUGCGCGUUAGUAUCUGUUGGAGUUGCAUCUGCUGUAUUUGCUCCCAUAAUAAGCACUUUAUGGCUAGCACCUCUAAUAUCGUUAUGGUACAGUUCAAGCCCGUGGAAACAAGGUACAAUGCUUUUAGAUGAGCCAAAAAUCCGCGAAAAUCUCAAUGAAAUUAUAAAAAAUGCAUUAAAUGCUUAUGAUGAAGGAAAUUAUCAGCAAUUUUUCGACUUACUUCGUGAGGAAUACGAAAAGGACACCAGUAUAAUAAAAUUAAAAGAAUCUAAUAUAAUUAUUCCUGAAAUUAUAAUUGAUUCACUUUUGAGCCAUGGUUUCAGAUCAGAUGGAAUCGCUUAUUUGUUAAAUCUGAUAGGUGAGGUGCUAAGCAGUAACAAAAUAAAAACUCCAGAUAAUGAUAUCUCAUCAGAAGAGUUAAGAACUAUGGGAAAAUUUGCUUUUAAAGGAGUAUUAUACGAAAAGCUUAUGAAAAAAGCUAAAGCACUGGAUGACCGUAUUCAUGCAUUAAGAGAAGAUAAUCUGAAAAGCAUGGCUAAGAGUAUCUUUCAUAAUAUCAUAGAUUUUUUGCGGUUUAAACCAUAUAGUGAAUUAGCAAAAGAAUAUAAAGACGAUGCUCGAAAAAUGCCUUUUCAGUCAAGAUUGGAGGAAAUGCGUAAUAUUGCGAGACUUAACCUCGUAAUUUUUGAUAUAAUCAGUAAUGACAAGAGUGCACUUGUGAGAAUUAGCAAAAUAGUUGAGGAAAUUAGAAAAUCAUUGAGUAUUAAUUAUCAAUUCUUUAGUACAACCGAAUCACGUCUCGAAGCUUUGGAAGAUUUUUUGUGGGUUAUGAGGGGUGAUGUGCCUAAAUCUCCCUUAAUUUACUCUAUAGAACCAGCUGAAAAACAAUUUAAUGAAGAACCUGUUAAAAAAUAUGAUAAAAAAUAUGAUAAAAAAUAUAUGGAAUAUUUGAAAGACAAACUACAAAGGGAGUCCAACAACGAUGAAAUAUUAAACCUUCAUAGUAAACUAGCUGAUCACUUUGUGAAAUUGGCUGAAGAAGGUAAAGUUGACUUAUUAAGCAGUUUACGUCAUUGGCAUAAUGCUAAAGAACAUUAUAAGAAAGUAUGUGAAAUGAGCCCCGGUAACCUAUCUGCGACUCUUAAUUUUGCAAAAUGUUUAUUAAAUUUAUCACAGCAUAAUCGGCUUAUAAAGCUUAUUGAUACAAAUCGAGAUUUAACUUCAUUUGCCGAAUAUUGGAGACUAUGUAGUAUCGCUUCUUAUAAAGAAACAAAAUACGACGAGGCUAUGGAAUUUAUUAAUGAGGCAUUGAAUAAAAAUCCUCAAAAUAUCUUAGUUACAAAACAGAAGAGACUCCUUGAUAGAGUAAAAGAGCAUAGUGUUGAAAAUCGUGUUAAUUGUCAUAAUAAAAAAAUAUAUUAUGCAGAUAAAUCAUUUAAGAAUUUACAUAGAUAUAAUGAAGAUAAUUCCGUUUAUAGAAUUCUCUCGAUUGAUGGAGGAGGUGUGCGUAGCAUAUUACCUGCUUUAUGGCUCAGUGAGCUAGAAUAUCGUACCCGUAAACCCAUUUCUCAGCUAUUUAACAUGGUAGCUGGAACUUCUACAGGUGGAUUCAUUGGUGCUGGGCUUUCAAUGCCGUGUGGGGAGUUAUCAAGUUUAAAGCCACUUUAUUCAGCUACUAAUUUGUUAGAGUUUUACCAGAACCAAGCGAAAUCUAUAUUCACCCCCAGUUCUUCAUGGAAUUUCUUUACAGCAACGAAAUAUACAGAUGAAGGACGUUCUUCUAUAUUUGACAAAUAUUUUGGAAAAAUCCGGCUUAAUCAAGCACUCAACAAUUUGGUUAUUCCUGCAGUAAAAGAUAACAUGCAGCCGCAUUUGUUCACACGUAAUAACUCAGAUGAUACACUUUUUGAUAUUUUAAUGGCUGCAACUGCUGCACCUACUUUCUUUCCAUCCUAUGAAAUAAAAAAUAGAGGCAUUUUUGUAGAUGGAGGUGUAAAACUUAACAAUCCCGCAUUGACAGCUUAUAGUGAAUUUUAUGAAAGUGGCGAUACUAGAAAAGUUACAGUACUUUCUUUGGGAACUGGUAGUUAUAUACCAGAUCCUUUGCAUCCAGAUUUGCAUCAUUACCAACUUUUUUGGAAAUAUUACGAUGAAUGUAACGUAGAUGACUCAAUGUACUCCAUUCUGGGAAAUUGUUAUCAACGAUGGCAGGUUUUGUUAGGCAAGCCAGUAGCAUUAGAUGAUUUCAAUAGUAUUUCUUAUCUUUUAGAACUAGGGCAUCAAUAUAUAGAAGAACUUGAUGCUUCAGAUGAAAAUUCUUUAAACGUAUUAGUAGAGUCUUUUGAAAGUGGCUAA